AUGAACGACACCAAAUCCAACAGCAAGCCGCAGCAGCAGCAGCAGCAGCAAGUCACCCACAAUGCAACAACGACCGACACACCAAAGUCACAAGAGAGAUCCAAGAGCACGGCUAUCAUAGACAGUCCCUCGAGCCCACCGAGAAAAAAGCGGAGAAAGGUCAACCAUGCCUGUGUAUACUGCAGGCGAUCGCAUAUGACAUGCGACCUGGAACGACCAUGCGCUAGAUGCGUCAAACGCGACAUUGCCCACCUCUGCCACGACGAGCCCAGAGAGCCCACCAAGCCCAAGAAGCCAGAUACCGACACGCCUCCCGCCGACACGAAUCCCGUCGACGAUGAACGCAGAAGCAGCUUGAGGAUGGAAGCUCCCUCGAUCCAACACCCAAAACCAAUGUCGCCUGCUCAAUUGAAGCAGCAGAACCAGCCUACCAACGACCAGCGUCCCUUCUCUGUCAACGACUGGAACUUUGGCACCACGACGAAUCAACUACACGACAUGCGCAAUCUACAUCCAAACUACACCUUCAACACGUCUGAGGUCACCGACGAGUACAACUUCCUCGGCGACUUCCUCAAUAACUCCCUCCUCGACGACGGCGCAACCUAUAAUCCCGACGACUCCAAUACCAUAUUCAACGACCCCCUACUUGCAACCGGCUCCCUGUCCACCUACGCAAACAACAUGAAUCUCUUCUCCGGCAUCCAACAACCCAACCCUUCCACAUCAGCAGCCAACGCCCUACAACAACCCCAAGACCCUCAGAUAACCGCCGGCAACGACAUUACUCGCCCUUCCUCAGUUAUGCCUGUCGAUGCAAAAGCCCGCGAUAAAUUUUACAUGACCGCUGCUGACCCUGCCGGCAACGACACCCCCGAAGCCCGCAUGCUGAAGCUCCUACAAGCAAAAUACGACGCCGGUAUGCUGCGGCCCUUUAACUACGUCCGCGGCUACUCGCGUCUGAACACUUAUAUGGAGUCACACAUGCGGCCUCCCCUGCGCCAAAAGAUUUUAAGGCAACUAGAAAAGUUUCGACCCAAGUUCAGGGAGGCUAUGCAUAACUUGACUGAUAUUCAGCUUAUCAGGGUCGAGAUGUGGUGGGAGAGUACGUUGAUGGAAUAUGAUCGUGUGUUUGCUAGUAUGGCCAUCCCCGCGUGCUGUUGGCGUCGUACGGGAGAGAUUUUUCGGGGCAACAAGGAGAUGGCUGAGUUGAUCAGAGUGCCCAUGGAGGAAUUGAGAGAUGGUAAACUCGCUCUCCACGAGAUCAUGGCCGAAGACUCUCUAGUCUCAUACUGGGAAAAAUUUGGUGCCAUCGCCUUCGACCAAUCUCAAAAAGCCAUCUUGACUUCCUGCACUUUGAAGAACCCUCAUGACGAUGAUAGGAAAGCAGUGGGCGUGUUGACCAAAUGUUGCUUCUCAUUUACGAUCAGGAGGGAUAUACAUAAUAUUCCUUCGGUUAUUGUGGGCAAUUUUCUACCUAUACAGUAA